AUGGUUCUAAACUCUCCCCAAGCAUCCCUUAGUCAAAUCUUGGUAGCAAGAAAGCAAAAUGAAACAAUUUCCGCAUCUUCGAUACGGGAAAGAAAAGACACCAUGGGAGCUGAAUCAAAGGGAACCGCCAAGGGAACCGCCCCAUCAACAGACGUAUUCGAAGAUGAUUCUAGACAGAGUAAUCUACAAUCGCGUGAUGAAAAGGAAUCGUCACCCAUUAUUUCCAUGCGGGGAUCAAAAAACCUCGAAAAGUGUCCUUCCCGUGAAUCCAACUCUACUGAGGAUUGUACCGUCGCAGAUGAUGAUAGUGCCAAAAGUGCGAUCCUGUCUCAACUGGAACAGAAGCGAUUGGCGCUAAGAAAUCAAAGGUUUUCUUUGGAGCAGCGGCUGUACGAGUUUGGAACUCAUUACAGUAUCAACUUUGAGUCCGAUACUAGAAAACCGAAUCGUCAAGUUCAAGACAUGAAAUGGCAAGACAAAAAGACUGGUAUGAGUGUCUUAUAUUCAGGCCCUUUGACUGAAGAGGAAGAACCUCAUGGAUCGGGAGUCCUGAAAUUUUUGGAUGGUCAAAUCUAUGAAGGCGAGAUAUGGCAUGGGGUGAGAUGUGGUCACGGAACGAAUACAUGGCCUGAUGGGCAAAACUACUGCGGGGAAUGGUCAGAAAACUCACGCAAUGGAAAAGGAAGGCACAGUUGGGAAGUACCAGGGGGAGGGCAAAAGGUUGUAACAGGAGAAUGGAGGAGAGGUCGGUUACAUGGCAGAAUUUCCUUUUCUUGGCCCGACGGAAGUUCGUUCGACGGGAUCGCAAUGAAUGGGAAGCGACAUGGACGUGGAGAGCACCGAUGGUCUUGUGGAAAGUUUUUCAGAGGACACUAUGAAAACGGAAAGGCUCACGGAUAUGGAGCUCUAACAAGUCCAGAUGGCACCUAUAGGGGCCAAUGGAAGUGUGGAUUGAAAGAAGGCUACGGUACAAUGCUUUGGAAAACAAGGGUUUACUCUGGUGAAUGGUUGAAGGAUAAGCCUCAUGGACAAGGUCGCGUGGUUUGGCACAAUGGAUCAACGUAUACUGGGCAAUUUUCAAUGGGUAGAUACGAUGGUGUUGGAGUCUAUGUAUGGCCCUCGGGGAAAAAAGUUGUGGCGCGGUGGGAAAAUGGAGUCAAGGAAACGUCAGAAUACUGUGUAUGGCCAGAUGGCACAAAAUAUGACGGGGAAUGCGAUUCAGACGGAAAGAAGCAUGGAUAUGGCGAGCUUACUUGGAGCAACGGUUCUUCAUACAUUGGCGCCUUUCAUCGAAACGUGAGACAAGGCCGUGGGAAGCUCAUCGGAACUGAUGGUGAGGUAAUCUAUGACGGUUUAUGGCAAAGUAACGAACCUAUAGACUGUUCGAUGGAGGACAUUAUGAACCAGCUUGUCGUGACGGAACUUGGUAGCCAUGAAGAAAACGACACAAAUGUGGAUGAGUUUUUCACUUGUCCCCAAAGGGGGUCCAGUGAGAAUGCGAUUCCAAAAUCUACACAAAAUGAUGGCAGCAAGUUGGAAACGCAGCUUCAGCCGACUGGUAAGUCUCGAAAAUAA